ACGUAAGACAACGCGCUAGGCGUUCUUCGUCCGUAUGCCUGCUGCUGUUGCAUAGCUUCGUGCGGGCUAUGUUGAUAACCGACAGCUUGUUAAAGCGCAUCAUGGUUCUUAAAUGAGCAUCAUCAAUGACUGAAAUGAAUGACUGAAUCCCGAAAUGGAUCCCUUUUACGACAGAGAUAACCAAGAUGUAAACAGUCUUGGAUCAGGUUCGGACGACUUAACUAAUAGCAUUGCACACACAGCUGCAGUUAAGGGAGACGUUUGCCUAUUAAAGGCUGCAAUCUUGCAGGACCCGGACAUCAUGGACGCAUCAGAUUCAGAAGGUAUGACGCCGCUGUUGCAUGCCGUCAGCACCCAGAAGAUUGAGUGCCUUCGACUUCUCGUCAAAAUGGGCGCAAGCAUCGACGCUCAAGACAGCUGUGGUCACAGCGGCAUCGCCCUGGCAACCUAUGCCGGUUGGUUCGAAGGCUUGCAGUUUCUAUUACGGAACGGGGGCAUUCACAGUUUACGGCUGACGGAUAAACACAACCGUACGCCACUGCACGCUGCGACGUAUGAGCAGGACUGGCGAAUCCUUGAACUUCUGCUUAACUAUGUUCCUGCUGAUGAUGUCAACAAGCCAGAUAAUGAGGGGAUGACUCCGCUGCACUGGGCAGCAUUUCAUAGUCGAGUCGAGCAUAUACAACUUCUGCUAAACAAGGGCGCUGCGCUGGUCUACAUCGAUGUUGAUGGAAACACGGCGCUUCACUGGGCAGCACAGAAAGGAUCAGUGGCUUGCUGUCGUGCACUGUGCGCCGAUCCGGAGAGACGUGAAAUGGUCAACAGCGAGGAGAAUACGGGAAAGACAGCGAUUCAUCUAGCGGCGGCGACGGGACAUCAGCAGGUGAUCAAGGAGCUAGCGACGAUACAUUGCUGCAACCUAGAUGCUCUUGACGAGGACGAGAGGACACCGCUGCACUGGGCAGCCGUAACCGGCCAACAUCGCUGCAUCAGCACAUUGUUAAAGCUGGGAGCGAAUCCGAGCGUGAGGGAUAUCUCUGGAAUCACACCCAUGGACUACGCCGUCAAGUCCUGCCACACAGAAUGCGUAAAGCUCUUUUGGAAGAAGGACAAGAUCAAGUUGUUGACAUCAGAACGCCGCGUACUUCCCUACAUACCGCAGCACCAUAUGGGCAAGGGCCUCACAACAGAGAAGCAGGUUUCGACGCCUGCAUCCCUCCUAGCAGACGACGGCACACACCACGAGAAGGAGAACACCCCCGCCCCGGCCCCGCGAAACAUUCUCAGAUUCAUCCGACAUUUCUUUCGGCGAACCCAGCAGGCUGAUGCGAUGGAGAGCACAUACACGUCCAGCGAGGCCGGUCUACAGGACAGCUUCAGCUUCUCUAGCGACCAAAAAGAGCCCGACACGCAACAAACCAUUCUUCCGGAAUCGAACAACUUCUCGGAAAUAGUCGUUAGAAAUCCGUCGAAAGACAACAGCGAAUCUAAAAGUGAGAUUUUCGAAGACCUCGCCGAAACGACGCAGGUAGUGCGGGCUCCUGCCGCCGGAGAGAAUGCCACUGUCGGUCCGCUGACAGACGCGGCGACGAAGUUACGCGACGCGGAUGCGGGAGCAGUCUUCGAGAGUGCCCAGCCGGAUUCGCAGUCACACGGACAGCGCGCUGAGAAGGCGGUCACUGUCACGGCAGCUGCCACCGACUAUAACGCGAGUGAUCCAGUCACCAGUUCCGUCCAAGCGAUCGCGCUGAAAACGAGGCAAAACACUGCGCCGCUACACGCCGCCAACAGCGCCAGAGAAAGUAGCGACGAGCAUUGUAAAGACCGUCGCGAGGCAUUGAUGGAGAGGUUCAAGAUGAAGGAAGUCGCUCUGCAGCGCUACUCGACACACUUCUCGCAGGCAACGCUGAGGUGCAAUCAAGUCGCAAACGCGCAAGGUGCACACAAAGUAAACAUGUCAACGCGAAAGGAAGCGGCGGCGGCGGCGGCUCACGUUACAGAUAAAGGUUCCCGUUUAGAUCAAACGCUGCGCGCGGAAAUGCUGGAUAAGCUGCGGCUAUCCGCAGAGCAAGCGUCGAUGUCAUCAUCUUCCGGCAGUAAAGUCUUGCCACGCAUCCACAACGACAGCAAUUACUGGCACAGCUCAACCGCAAGGAUGCGUUCUCUGCCGCUACUGCCCGAGCAAAGCGCACCCACUAAGGGCAACGCGUGGCACAGCAGCGGAGUAAUUUAUGGGUCGCAAACCGCUAAGCUGGCAAGUGACGUUCGGGUCAGCCCGUCUUCAAUGAGAAGUUCGCUGUCGGACAGUUUGUCUGGAACCAGUCCUAUGUAUGACAAGAAGCGGACCGAUGCUGUGCACAGGCUAGCCUUCAGUAAAAGCAGCAGACUCACGCUGAGCGAUUCAUCGGCACCUAGCGUCCUUGCUCAGCCGACGGGUGACGUCAUGCAGAGCUACGAUUUCCGCAAGCAUUUACAAGGGAGACGGAACAAGCUUCUCGUUAAGGCUACCGAACACGAGAGGGUCGAUUUAAUUUCGUCUCGAAAUCGUUCCGCCAACGUGGACAGUGCUAGCAGCUACAUUACCUCGAAACCGAUGCAGAUGACGGGAGGUGUAAGCAACACCGAAUGUUCUCCGCCAACUAAUGUCGGCUUGUGCAUCGGCCGCGACGUCGGCAGAGAGUCUGCCAACAGGAGUCCCAAUGAAGUACUGGCAGCACAAGCAACAACAACGCCAAUCGCGAGCGCUUCACCACGACGGCUGGAUGGCGGGCAUAAAUUACCUGCACUAGUCAAGACCAGGGCGAUACACAGAAGCGAUGAUUACGCGAAGCCAUUGCUGAACCACGACGGCGAAUACCGGAGACUGCGUCGCAGCAACACAUGA